UACUAAGUUUAUAGUCGGAUAAUAGUCAAGAUAACUAGCUACCAAUAAUCUCCUGCAACCAAGGAGGCAGGAUCUCGCUAUCUUAUAAAUUUAAGGAAUCCGAAAGUAGUUACAUGCAUCUCCAAAAACCAUCCCCUCAAAAGCCACUAUACUAAGUUACUAAAUAGCUACUUUAAGUUUCGCCAAUUAAGCUAGUUGACAUCUAAUUUUGUCGUCAAUGACGACAUCUAUGGGUGUGGAAGAAGGAGUAGUUGAUGAUUACACAAAGGAUGGAACUGUUGAUCUCAAAGGCAACCCAGUUCGUAGAUCUAAACGUGGUGGUUGGAGAGCUUGCUUCUUUGUUGUUGCAUAUGAGGUGUUUGAAAGAAUGGCAUACUAUGGAAUAUCAUCAAAUUUGGUGUUGUAUAUGACAAGAAAACUCCACCAAGGAACUGUGCAAUCGUCCAACAAUGUCACCAACUGGGUUGGCACUAUUUGGAUGACUCCUAUUUUGGGCGCUUAUGUCGCCGAUGCCCACCUUGGACGUUACAAGACUUUUCUCAUUUCAUGUGCCAUCUAUCUCUCGGGAAUGUCAAUUUUAACCUUAUCGGUUUCAGUUCCUGGGCUGAAACCACCCCAUUGCAAUGAAGCCCACAUAACCAAUUGUAAACGGGCCUCAACACUCCAAUUAGCUGUAUUCUAUGGUGCACUCUACACACUAGCAGUUGGCACUGGUGGGACUAAGCCCAAUAUUUCAACCAUUGGGGCAGACCAAUUUGACGAAUUUGAGCCCAAGGAAAAGGCCCAUAAACUCUCAUUCUUCAACUGGUGGAUGUUUAGCAUUUUCUUUGGGACCUUGUUUGCCAACACAGUCCUAGUCUACAUCCAAGACAAUGUGGGCUGGGCUCUGGGUUAUGGGCUACCCACUAUCGGGCUCGCGAUAUCAAUCUCAAUCUUUGUAUCUGGAACCCCAUUUUAUAGGCAUAGAUUGCCUAAUGGGAGUCCCUUUACAAAGAUGGCAAAGGUUAUGGUCGCUGCCUUUAAGAACCGAAAAUCGCCGUUGCCUAGUGAUCCUAAGCAACUGUAUGAGCUUGAUUUGGAUGAUUAUACCAAGCAUGGCAAGUUCAGGAUAGAAUUAACUUCUUCCUUGAGGUUCCUAAAUAAAGCCGCGUUGAUCACUGAUUCGAAGGAUCCUUGGAAGCUAUGCACAGUCACACAAGUGGAGGAGACGAAGCAAAUGCUGAAAAUGAUUCCAAUCUUGAUUUCUACAUUUGUCCCAAGUACCAUGUUAGCUCAAGUAGGGACCCUUUUCAUCAAGCAAGGAACCACCCUGAAUAGCAGUGUAGGCAAGUUUCAUAUCCCUCCUGCAAGCUUAACUGGAUUUACAACACUUUCAAUGCUCAUCUUUAUUAUAAUUUAUGACAAAGUCUUUGUGAAGUUAAUGAAAAAGAUAACCAAAAAUCCUAGAGGAAUCACAUUGCUUCAAAGAAUGGGGCUUGGCCUAAUCCUACACACCAUCAUCAUGACAAUAUCAUCUUUAGUAGAGAGGAGAAGGCUUAGUGUUGCAAGAGAACAUGGUUUGGUUGAAAGUGGCACACAAGUUCCCAUGACAAUAUUUAUUUUGCUCCCUCAAUUCGUUCUCAUGGGUGUGGCCGAUGCAGUCCUUGAGGUUGCUAAGCUCGAGUUCUUCUAUGAUCAAGCUCCCGAGGGAAUGAAGAGUCUUGGGACUUCUUAUUCAACUACAACUAUUGGUAUUGGAAAUUAUCUAAGUAGUUUUCUCUUAACAACCGUUUCCCAUGUUACAUCAGAGCAUGGACACCAAGGAUGGAUCUUGAAUAACCUUAAUGCUUCUCAUCUUGAUUACUACUAUGGAUUCUUCGUCAUACUUAAUGUGGUAAACUUCAUCUUUUUCUUGCUCGUAGCUAGAUCUUAUGUUUACAAGGUUGAAAUUUCUGAUUCAAUGGAUGUGCUUAGAGAUGAAUCGGAUCAAUAAUCAUCCUUUAAUAUAUAAUAGAUGAAGGUAUUAAUUAUCA